AUGAGGCGUCUGUUGGUUGCAAUCCUUUGUAAUUUUCUUGCUGUUCACGCAUACAGGAAGGUAGAGGGGAAGAUCUACAACAACGAUGUUGCCAACUUUUCGGGAUACCCUAAGAUUGUAGGUUCCUAAUCGGAUAAUAAUGGACUUUUCUUUGAUUUUGAAGGCACUAGGCAACAUGUCAAGACUUUUUUUAUUUUUUUUUAUCAAAACUUGUGUUUCAGAAAGUCGUCCUGGUCGACGUCGGACUGUUGUAUGAUACUACCUGCGGCGAGACAAUUGCCGCUGUUGACGGCUACUUUCGCAUCGAAUGUGAGCCAACGAUCUUCCGGUUCAACGAUAAUCAAAAGUUGAUGAUGUGAGUCACUGUAAACGCCUGGUUUUGCGAUAGCGUUCAACAAAGCAAUGCCACAAUUACUUUCAGCUAUCACCGAUUUGCACUGCGCAGUUGCCAAGUGAAUGCGUAUCCUGGGACGGGGGUUGGCGGAAAAGUGGAGGACGGCAACUACGCCGCCGUUACGGGUGCCGACCUGGCGAGCUAUGACAGCUUGUGUCCAACCGAUUUCUAUCCCUGA